AUGUCUACCAAAUGGACAACCAGUCAAUCUGAACGUCAAAGCUUAAGAGAAAGAGUACGGGAUUUAGAAGAUGCGUUGCGAGCUCGUCAGCAACAAUUGGAUACUCUCUUAAAAGCCUUGGAAGAAACGAAUGAUCAAUAUGAUAGAGACACUCACGCUUAUAAAACGGACCUCCAAGAAAGAGAAAUGCAACUUGGCUUUUUGAUCAACAAAAUCCGUGAAGCGGCUGUGCACAUGGUACAACUAUCAGAUGAAGCAGAGGAUCUCAGUUGCCAAUUCCCGCCAAGCCAACAAUUGAGCAUAUCAGAGUUCUUAGAGCGAUUGAAAAUAGAUGAUCACGAGGCUCAAGAGAGGUAUAGAAGCUUGGAGGAAAGACUUAAGGCAAUAGAAGGUACUGAAGUCUUCUCUGCACUAGGUGCUAAAGAAUUCAGUUUGGUACCUAACCUAAUCCUGCCUCUGAAAUUCAAGGUGCCUGAUUUCAAAAAGUACGAUGGGACAAGAUGUCCAAAAGCAUAUCUUGUCAUGUUUUGCCGAAAAAUGACCGGUUACGUGAACGAAGAUAAGCUACUUGUACAUUGUUUCCAAGAUAGUCUAGUAGGAUCAGCUCUUUGGUGGUACAACCAGCUCAGUAAAGAAAGGAUCCAAUCUUGGAAAGACUUGGCGUCGGCAUUCUGUGAGCAGUACAAGCAUGUAUCAAAUAUGGUGCCUGAUCGGAUGACUUUACAAAUGAUGGAGAAAAAGCUGUCAGAAACUUUUAGACAGUAUGCGCAGAGAUAGAGGGACGUCUCAGCCCAAUUGGAACCCCCACUAACGAAAACAGAGAUAACCGUCCUUUUUAUCAACACCUUAAAGUCGUCGCUUUAUGACAAACUAGUGGGAAGUGCCACGAAGGACUUCGCGAAUAUUGUAAUAUCCGGUGAGCUUAUAGAGAACGCCGUCAAGAGCGGUAGAAUGGAAGGUCAAGAAAGUUCAAAUUAUCCACCUCCGAAUUUCUAUUAUCCUCCUCAAACCCCUUACUACCAAACACCGCCUCCUUACUCUUCUUACCCCGUUUACGCCACAAGUAACCCGAGACCAACCGCCACAUUCCCACAAAAUACAAUACCCGCCCAAGGUCAACCCAAAAACGGGCAGAGGCCAGCAAAACCCAAUUCUGAGAGACCACAAUUUACCCUUAUUCCUGUGUCAUAUGGGGAACUGUACCCAAAACUUUUGGAGAAGCAAUUGAUAUCCCCGCAUUAUAUGGAACCCUUGAGGCCCCCAUACCCAAAAUGUGCCGGUCGACCAUUCGUAAUUUAUUACGAUGUAAGGAAGGAACCGGUGAAACCAAAAAUGAUAAUUGAAGUACCGUCUCCUUUCCCCUACAAGGAUAAUAAAGUAGUACCAUGGAAAUACGACGUCAAUAUCGUCACACCUGAAGACGAAAAAUCCAAAGCUGUAACUGGAAACGUUGGAGAAGUAGAGCCGGUGGAUGAAGAAGAAGCACGGGAAUUCUUAAAGUUUAUCAAACAUAGUGAGUAUAACAUGGUGGAACAAUUGAGUAAGCAGCCAGCACGAGUCUCGAUAUUGUCUCUACUAUUAAAUUCAGAACCCCACCGGAACGCCUUGUUAAAGGUGUUAAAUCAAGCUUACGUGGCAAACAAUAUAUCCGUUGAGAAGCUUGACAGAUGGGUGAAUAAUUUAAACGCGGAUAAUUUCAUUUCUUUUAGUGAUGAUGAAAUACCGCCCAAUGGUAGAGGCUCUGUGAAAGCAUUGCAUAUCACAACCCGCUGCAGGGGUUACAUAAUACCAAAUGUGCUUAUCGACAAUGGAUCGGCACUCAACGUCAUGCCUUUGGCCACACUUUCCAGGAUUCCAAUGGAUUUGUCCUAUCUAAGGCCUUGCCAUUCCACAGUAAGGGCAUUCGAUGGAACAAGAUGAGAGGUCAUGGGAAAAAUCGAGAUCCCUCUAGAAGUAGGUGCCUACAUAUACGAUGUCGAGUUCCAAGUCAUGGACAUUACACCAUCAUAUAACUGUCUCUUGGGAAGACCCUGGAUCCAUUCCGCCGGAGCGGUCCCAUCAUCCCUCCAUCAAAAGGUGAAAUUUAUCAUGGAUGGCUGUUUGGUCACUGUCGAGGGAGAAGAAGACAUUGCAGCAUCUAUUUCUACCGACGCACCAUAUAUUGAACUAAGAAUGGUAGAACAAGAGGAUAAACAGAUUUUGCCUCAUCAAGAAUCUGUUGAAACAAUAAAUUUGGGAACUGAAGAAAGGAAGCAAGAAGUAAAGAUUAGGACUUCUAUUUCAAAGGGCACCAGGUAUAAUUUGAUUGCUUUGCUCCGCGAGUACAAAGAUGUAUUCGCAUGGUCAUACCAGGACAUGCCUGGAUUGGAUGAAGAGAUAGUGGUCCACAAACUCCCAUUAAAACCAGAAUGCAAGCCCAUUCAACAAAAGCUAAGACGAAUGAGACUUGAAAUGUUGUUGAAGAUAAAAGAGGAAGUCAAGAAGCAAUUUGAUGCUGGCUUCCUACAAGCCUCCAAAUAUCCAGAAUGGGUGGCUAACAUAGUCCCGGUACCAAAGAAAGACGGCAAAGUACGAAUGUGCAUGGAUUAUCGUGACCUGAAUCGAGCAAGUCCUAAAGAUAAUUUUCCCUUACCACACAUUGAUACAUUGGUGGAUAACACAGCAAAACAUUCAUUGUUUUCUUUCAUGGACGAAUUCUCGGGGUAUAAUCAGAUCAAGAUGGCCCUUGAGGAUAUGGAGAAAACUACCUUUGUAACAAUGUGGGGAACAUUCUGCUACAAGGUGAUGCCAUUUGGGUUAAAAAAUGCUGGGGCAACAUAUCAGAAGGCUAUGGUGACGUUAUUCCAUGACAUGAUGCAUAAAGAAAUAGAGGUCUACGUCGACGAUAUGAUUGCUAAAUCCCGAGGGGAAGAAGAGCAUGUAGUGAACCUGAAGAAAUUGUUCGACAGACUGAGAAAGUUCCAGCUAAAGCUCAAUCCGGCCAAAUGUACGUUUGGGGCUACCUCGGGAAAAUUUUUGGGCUUCAUUGUCAGUGAAAGAGGUAUCGAGGUUGAUCCAAAUAAAAUAAAAGCCAUUCAAGAGUUACCACCUCCGCGCACGCAAAAGGAAGUCAGAGGAUUUUUAGGGAGGUUAAACUACAUCGCCCGAUUCAUCGCUCAACUUACCAACCAAUGCGACCCAAUCUUUCGGCUUCUUCGAAAACAUAACCCGAGAGAAUGGAAUGAGGAAUGCCAGGUGGCCUUUGAUAAGAUAAAACAAUAUUUGUCUAGUCCUCCAGUGCUAGUACCGCUAACUCCGGGAAGACCAUUGAUAUUGUAUUUGACUGUGUUCGAAAAUUCAAUGGGUUGUGUACUGGGGCAACACGACGAGUCAGGAAAGAAAGAAAAGGUGAUCUACUACCUCAGUAAAAAGUUCACUGAAUAUGAGGCAAAGUAUUCAUCCAUUGAAAAAUACUGUUGCGCUCUGGUUUGGGUAGCUCAGAGACUCAGGUAAUACAUGUUGUAUCAUACGACAUGGUUAAUUUCAAAGCUAGAUCCAAUAAAUUACAUGAUGGAAUCACCUGCACUCUCAGGAAGAAUAGCACGGUGGCAGAUCUUACUAUCGGAGUACGACAUCGUCUAUGUGAGUCAAAAGGCAAUAAAAGGAAGCGCAAUAGCUAACUUCUUAGCAACCCGAACAAUGGAUGAAUAUGAGCCAUUGAGAUUUGAUUUCCCGGAUGAAGAUUUGAUGUGCAUUACAGAAAAAGAGAGCGAGUCAUCAAAAAAGAAGUCAUGGAAGAUGAGCUUUGAUGGUGCAUCGAACGCAUUGGGGCAUGGGGUUGGAGCAGUCUUAGUAUCGCCAGAAGGGAACCACUACCCACUCACUGACAGGUUGAACUUCUUUUGUACUAAUAACAUAGCGGAAUAUGAGGCAUGUAUCAUGGGACUUCGUGCAGCUAUUGAACGAAAAGUCAAAACUUUAGAGGUAUACGGAGACUCAGCCUUGGUGAUUUACCAAAUCCGUGGAGAUUGAGAAGUGAGAGACUCGAAACUGGUUAAAUAUAGAGAUCUAGUGGUAGAGUUGAUUAAAGAAUUCGAAGAAAUAACUUUUAAUUACCUCCCACGAGAAGAAAACCAAUUGGCUGAUGCCCUGGCCACUUUGGCUUCAAUGUUCAAAGCAAACAGAGAAACAGAAAUAAUGCCUCUUCAAAUGAGCAUAUAUGAAGUUCCUGCACAUUGUUUCAGCAUUGAAAAAGAGCCAGAUGGAUGGCCAUGGUUCCAUGAUGUCUUAGAAUAUAUUAAGAAUCAAAAGUAUCCCGAACAAGAAAACGAGAACGACAAAAGAACAAUCAGAAGAAUGGCAGCGGGAUUCGUUCUUGACGGGGGCAUCCUGUACAAAAAAGGAAAAGAUCAGAUACUCUUGAGAUGCGUAGAUGUUGUUGAAGCCAGAAAAAUACUUAAAGAUGUCCAUGAGGGAAUUUGCGGGACACAUGCCAAUGGUUUCACUAUGGCCAGGAAGAUUGUGAGACUCGGUUAUUACUGGCUGACAAUGGAAAGCGACUGCAUUAAUUUCGCACGAAAAUGCCAUAAAUGUCAAAUUUAUGGUGAUAAAAUUCAUGUAGCCCCUUUGCCCCUUCACGUCAUAACUUCUCCGUGGCCUUUUUCUAUGUGGGGCAUGGAUGCUAUAGGGCCAAUUUCCCCAAAAGCUUCUAAUGGACACCGAUUCAUUUUUGUGGUCAUUGAUUACUUCACAAAAUGGAUCGAAGCCGCUUCAUUUUCCAAUGUGACAAAGACUGCAGUUUGUAGGUUUUUGAAAAAGGAAAUUAUUUGUCGAUAUGGUUUGCCUGAAAGAAUCAUUUCAGAUAACGCCUUGAAUUUGAACAACAAGAUGAUGAAAGAAGUGUGUGAGCGAUUCCAAAUAAAGCAUCAUAACUCCUUGCCCUAUCGCCCAAAGAUGAACGGAGCUAUUGAAGCAGCUAACAAGAAUGUUAAGAAGAUUAUUGGGAAAAUGACUGAGACAUAUAAAGACUGGCACGAAAAGCUACCAUUUGCUUUGUAUGCAUAUCGCACAUCUGUACGGACAUCUACGGGGGCAACUCCUUUUUUUCUGGUCUAUGGAAUGGAAGCUGUGCUACCUAUCGAAGUUGAGGUCCCCUCUCUACGAGUCUUAAUGGAGUCGAAAUUAGAGGAAGCAGAAUGGGUUCAAGCUCGAUAUGACCAGUUAAACCUCAUCGAAGAAAAAAGUCUAAAGGCAAUUUGUCAUGGACAGAUGUACCAGAAGAGAAUGAUCGCGGCUCAUGAUAAGAAGGUACGGCCUAGAGAAUUCCACGAAGGAGAACUCGUGCUGAGAAAGAUUCUCCCAAUACAAAGAGACCUACGAGGAAAAUGGGCACCGAAUUAGGAAGGACCAUACAUCAUAAAGAAGGCAUUCUCGGGUGGAGCUUUGAUUCUCACUGAGAUGGAUGGGAAGGAGUUACCGAAUCCAGUGAACUCAGAUGCUGUAAAAAAAUAUUAUGCUUGA